AUGGACUCGAGAUGUUAUGGCUUCUUCUUUGCUCUGUUCUCUCUCACUGUGAUUGCUCUUGCUUACGAUCCCGACACUCUUCAAGAUCUAUGCGUUGCAAAUCGCAAUUCAGGGGUAAAAGUGAACGGGUUUACAUGUAAACCGGAAUCAAACAUAACCGCCUCAGAUUUCUUCUUCGCCGGACUCGGAAAAACCGCCGUCGUUAACAACACAGUCGGAUCCGUCGUCACCGGAGCAAACGUUGAGAAGAUCGCAGGGCUUAACACGCUCGGCGUCUCACUCGCGCGUAUUGAUUACGCGCCUGGAGGUUUAAACCCGCCGCACACGCACCCACGCGCCACCGAAGUGAUCUUCGUUUUGGAAGGCGAGCUCGACGUCGGAUUCGUCACAACGGCGAACAAACAUUUCGCUAAGACGGUGAAGAAAGGAGAAGUUUUCGUUUUCCCGAGAGGAUUGAUUCAUUACCAGAAGAACAAAGACAAAGCGAAACCGGCGUCGGUGAUCUCGGCGUUUAACAGUCAGUUACCGGGAACACAAUCGAUCGCCGCCACGCUUUUCACGGCGGCUCCGACGGUUCCAGAUCACGUUUUAACGACGUCGUUUCAGAUCGGAACGAAGGAAAUCGAAAAGAUCAAAUCGAAACUUGCUCCCAAGAAAAGCUAA